UGUAUAUAUAUAUAUAUAUAUGUGUGUAUAUAUAUACAGUAUGUACGUGUGUGUGUGUGUGUAUAUAUAUAUAUAUGUAUGUAUGUAUGUAUGUACGUGUGUGUGUGUAUAUAUGUGUAUAUAUAUAUGUAUGUAUGUAUGUAUGUGUAUAUAUAUAUAUGUGUGUGUGUGUGUGUGUGUGUGUGUGUGUGUGUACGUAUAUAUGUGUAUGUGUGCCACUAGUUUAUUUAACCGUUGCAGCGCCACUUUACACCACUGUUGGCAGUAAAGAGUAUGCUAGGGGUGUCUCAGGUGCAAUCCGGGGUAGUAUUAAAAAUAUGUAUAUAUAAUUUACCAAGAAAACUUGCAGCAAAAAUGGAAAACGCAGCAGUAAUUUUACAAGAAUAAAGUCAAAAUAUUCAAAUGAAAAAGUUGUCUUAUGAGGAAACAUAUUAGUAGUAUAAUGGUGAAAUAUUAAAAGAAAUAUAUUUGUAAUUUUUAAUAUGGGGGAAAAGUGAUAUUGCUAAAAGAAAAUUUACAAAAAGAAAGUUGAAAUACAAAAAAAAGCUAUAAUUUUAGGAGAAUGACGUCAAAAAAUUAAGAGAAGAAAGUUGUAUUCUAACAAGAGAUAAAUGUUGCAAUUUUACGAGAAUAAACUUGUAAUAUCACACCGGUUAUGAAUGUGAGUGAAUGUUUGGUGGUGGCUGGAGAGGCCGUGGUUGGCGCAAAUUGGCAGCCAUGUUUCCGUCAGACUACCCCAGGGCAGCUGUUGCUAUAGAUGUAGAUUACCACCACUAGUGUGUGACUGAGGGGUGAAUGUGGAAAAACUUUGGACACCCCUGGACUAAGCUAGUCAAGCAAAACACGUUGAAUACAAUCAGGCCCCUGCCGCACUUUAUGGAUACAGUAUAAUUGUAUUCUGUAUAUUGUGUUCUGUAUAGUAUUUUUGACUAAAUGCUUCCUCCCACCUUUUGGCUUUUUACUCAUCAGGCACUUUUGUCAGAGCUGCACAAGAAAAAAGAGGAAAUGUGUUGUUAUAUUGUGUGUUGAGUCAAAGCUUAAACAAACACACACACACACACACACACCUGUAUUUCCUUGUGGAUGCCAACCUGCAUGGCUUUUGAGGGCGCCUUUCAACUGCAGUGUUGUCAACACACCAAGCCAAGACUGAAUUUCACCACCGGGUGUUUCGCUCUGUGCUGGCAGGCCGGCCAAACCAGUUGAACAAUGUUUGGAGCUUUAUGACACGUUUGUCUGGAUUCUUCUGCUGGGUUUACUUUCGACAGACAGCUGAACGAAGGAAGCAAAACACCCACAAGAGCUCGGUGUUGAAUGAUUUCCGUACGGUCUGCCAGAGAAUACGAAGAUGUAGCAGGAGGGAUCGGUGUUGCCAACUUAGCCAGAAGUCAGACCCCUCUACUCUUUAUUUUUCUUAUUUAUUUAUUUAUAAAAAAAAAAAAAAAAACGGACUAACGACAAAUCUAGUGAAGAGACUUUUGGAGAGUCCAGCAUAAAAGUGCGUGUCGUUCUUCUCAAUGAGCAGCGGGUGCUUCUGUGGGCCCCUGCCCCGUGUAAAAGCGCUCACAGGCGGCUCCGUCUUGUUUGUGACAUUUAAAAACAAGCAAAAAGAUGCGACAGAAUCAAGUUCAUUUGGAGUUCUCAACCAGGGGUGUCCAAAGUACAGCACAUUCUAAAAAUAUUUAACAACAGAACGACAACAGCAAAAACAGAAACAUCAGUAGUAAAUUUAUAAGAGUAAAGUCAAAAUAUUACGAGAAAAAAAUUGUAAUCUGACAAAAAUUUUUACAAUUUUCCACAAUAUCGUAAAAGGAAAAGUAACGCCAUUUUAGUAGCCUAAAGUUGAAGUAUUAUACAUGUUAUUUUGGGAAAAAAGUCGUAUUAUUAAAACCCCCCAAAAACAACUAAUAAAGUUGUCAUUUUUAAAGAAAAAAAAGGUUGCGGAAAAUAUCCAAAUAAUCCAAAUAUUAUGGUAAAGUCAGAAGAAAAUUUACAAGAAAAAAGAAAUAGUUGGAAAAUAAAAAAUGAAAAACAGAAAAUUUUUUUUUACAAAAAUAGUCUUUUUCUAACGAAAGGUGCAAUUUUACGAUAAACUAUAUUAUGAAGAUUUAUAUUAUAACUAUAUUUUAAUAUUAUGAAGAAGAAAAAAAAUUACUGGCCCGCUGCACAUUUGAAAAAUUUAAUUUAAAAAGAAAACAAGUAGAUGCUAGAAAAGAAAGAUGUUUUUUAAAGUCAGAAUAUUAAAAAAAACGCAGAAUAAAGUUGUAAUUUUUGAUUUAAAAAGCUUGUGGGAAAAAGUGAUCAUUACGAGAAGAAAAUUUACAAGAUAAAAGUAGAAAUAGUUGCAAAAUUAAAACUAGAAAACAGCAACAAUUGAAAAAAAAAACAGAUGUAAUUUUACAAGAAUAAAGUCUAUUCUAAUGAAAGGCGCAGUUUUAUAAGAAUAAACAAAUAUGAAGAAAAAUUAUUUUGAAAAAUGACUGGCCCGCGGCACAUUGUACUUUCUACUACACAACAAAAUUGGGAAAAUCUGCAGUAAAUUUGGAACAAAGUUUUAAUAUGAGGAAAAAUAACAUCAUUUUAGCAGCAUGAAGUUCAAAUAUUAAAAAAAAAUAUUUUUUAAAAGUUUGAAUAUUGUCAACAAGUGUGGGAAUAAAGUCAGAAUUACAAGAAGAAAAUUUACAAGCAAAAAGUACAAACUGUUGCAAAAUUAAAAAUAGAAAACAGCAAAAAAAAAAAACCCCAGCUGUAAUUGUACGAGAAUAAAGUCAAAAUAUUAAGAAAAAAUUGUAUUCUAACAAAAGACACAAUUUUACAAGAAUACGUCAACUCAAAUAUUGAGGAAAAAUGAUUGAAAAACGAUUGCCGACUCAAGUUUAGGUUUGACUGCUGCUAUUAGGCCAAACCACCAUCAUUUUUAUUUGAACAUGCAAUCAUACGUUUGAUAUGAUAGCAAUGAACUGUUUGCACAUUUUAUUGUCGUAUUUUACAUGUUCAAUAGAAAGCCACAAACAUAGCACAUUUAAAUGGCACCCUAACCCCUCCCACUCCCAGCAGCAAGUAAGCCAGUCAGGUGGACCCAAGCCCCCCCCCCUUUUGACCGCCAUGGCCUCCACUCCUUCCGCCUCUGCCCUGACCUCCGUGCUCCGGUGUCGAGGGAAGUUUUUGGCGAGGAAUCCACCCGCUAAGCGGACCGCCACCGCGGCCUUGAGCCCCGCGCUGGCCUCCAGACAUCGGCGCGACCUGUCGGCGGACCACCCCCGGUCAGGUCGAUCUCGCGUGUGGGCGUUUGUGCACGGAGAGAGGUGCGUGCUAGCUGUGAGGCAAAACUGUUCCCCGGCAGGUAAAGUCAUCAGUGGCGUAGAGUUGAGGCAUCCACGAGGCGCGGCUCGCCCUUCCGCGCCGCGCGGCCUGACAGUGACCACCAGGCAGCCUGGAGAAGCACAUCAACCCGAUGGGGUGCUUCAGCCACUUCGACAUGCACGCGCGUGUCAAGUUAAGUUUUUGAUUCAGGACGCUCGUCAGCCCUCGUGUGACGUUUGGAGAGUGUCCGUCAUACAGGCUGGUGAUAGUUUGAGGAACACCUGCUGGGCCCUCAAACUUCUGCUGACCCAAGCAGUGUUCCGUAAGAUGGCGACGCUGUGCAGCUCCACCAGGGGGCGCAGUGAUAAGGAAAAGACGGCGGACGUCACCAAUGACGCGUUGCAGAAUGUGCCGCAGGCUGCGAAUGGCCCCCCCCGGGCUGCGCUUUGCACACCCCCGUUAAAGAAUGUGAGAUGAAUGGAAAAAUCUCUCCUCCUUCAGUCCCUGACCCCUCGAAGGAUUCUGGACCAAAGAUCCCAAAAAACAAACCUGACUGAGCUCCAACGCCUCAGCAAUGAAAUCUGCGUGACCCUGACUUAUUUAUUGACUUUUUUGUCUUUUACAGUGGAAAAAACGCAAUAUUAGGUACACCUGUCAACGAGUGUACUGUGUCAUACUUUUUUCCUCAGCGUACGUGCACGAGAGAGUAAGCAUAUUGUUUGUGUGUAUUCCCUGCAAUUGCAUGUCGCACAUUUGGACUUCAAGCCAGCGAGCAAAGAAAAGAGCACCUCGUUGAUCCCGAGCAGUCUGGGUCGGGUGACGGGAGAAAUGCUGCCACGAUGACAUAGGGGGAAAUAUAAAGAACCGUACACUGCAUCAACAUUGUACAACAUUUUUAGUCCAUUCAACUAGCAAAUGUAAGUUCCUGCUGCCUUAAAAUUGCAAUUUAACUCAACAAUUUAACUUAAGUUAAAAAGCCUGAUCUUACCUAACAAGCCCCCAUAUGGACAGUGGUGUGAAAGAGUGUUUGCCCCCUCCUGAUUUUUUUUUUUGCGUGUUUGUCACACUUUCUUUUUGUUCAGCAGUCAAUUUGGUCUUGGAACUCUGCCAUGGAGGCCGUUUUUGCCCAGUGACUUUCUUAUGGUGGAGUCAUGAACGCUGACCUUAACUGAGGCAAGUGAGGCCUGCAGUUCUUUGGAUGUUGUUGUGGGGUCUUUCGUGACCUCUUGGAUGAGUCGUCGCUGCACUCUUGGGGUCAUUUUGGUUGGCCGGCCACUCCUGGGAAGGUUCACCACUGUUCCACGUUUUCACCAUUUGUGGAUAAUGGCUCUCACUGUGCUUUGCUGGAGUCCCAAAGCUUUAGAAAUGGCUUGAGAACCUUUCCCAGACUGAUAGAUCUCAAUAUCAGUUACGUUAUGUUUUAACAGGGGAGCAAUCACUUUUUCACACAGGGCCAUGUAGGUUUGGAUUUUUUUGUCCCUUAAUAAUAAAAAAAUUCAUUUAAAAACUGCAUUUUGUGUUCAGUUGUGAUCUGAAACAUUUAAGUGUGCCAAACAUGCAAACAAGAAAUCAGGAAGGCGGCAAAGACUUUUUCACACCACUGACACCACUGCGCAUGUGCACACACUAAAUUACACAAACGAGCGACCCAACGAGCAGAGCGAGCAGGGUGGGAGAGGAAAAGGACAAAAGCCCCGACGAAUGUCCCUUUUGAACUGCUAAUUAACAUCCUAUUCCAACUCGAUGAGGACAAAAUACUAAAUUCACAGGUUAUUGGGUAGCGCUUCAUAUUAUCCAUCAGCAAUGGAAAGUAGUCCCCUUGUGUUUUAAAUUGUAACUGACAAGUGAACGCAUCAUGAUCAGUUUGAGGUUAACGCAACACACAGACUUGGGUUUCAAAUCCCAAACUUGUCAGAGCGAUUAAUUUGCCAUCACUAAAAUGGGCUGUAGUGUUUUACAGUGUACUUUAUGGUGGGAGUUUUGUACUCAAGCUUAGUUUGCACCAAUGUAUAAUACUUUCUUACAAUAGUAAAUUCCAUCUUGUUUAUGCAAUUCAGUAAAUAAACACUAUCGGAUGAAGUAUACGUACAUGUGUGGCGUCCGUUGGUGGGAUUUGUCCUAUUUGAGAAUAUAUAGCUCAGGAUAAGCAUCACAUGACUGUACACGAUUGAACUUCUAUGACGCUAGCUGGCUGUACAGGCUCAAUAAUUGGUAAAUUCAGUAGAGAAGGACAAGACAAGACCACUGGUAAUGUAACCAAUGCGUAAUUCAGACAGAGUCCUGAUAGCAGUUUACUAUCUAUCCAGGUUUAAUGAUUUGUUGGACUGAAAUGCAUCUCUUCUCUUUGCUCACAAACUGGGAGUCAGCUCCACUGUGAACAUAACACAACAUGAAUGGACAAAACAUUUAAAUAAAACACACAUAGAAAAAAAAUCUAUACAUAAUGAUGAAUGUCCCUUAAACUGUCCUGAGCACAAUUUAAGAUUUGCUGGCCAGCAUACGAAAAUAAAGAAUCUAUAGAACUGUAACUAUAACCCGCACUGCCCGCACCGGGGAUCGACACACAACUUUAGCAAUGGGAGACGAGAGCUUUGACCACACGGCCAAAACCCCAUCCUGGCAACCGCGUGUUCAGCGCAACUCUCCAGGCAGAGGGAGUGACGUUUACAAAGGGACACCUCAUAGAUCAGGGGUCACCAAGGUUUGUCCUUGUGAGAGCUACUUUUACAAAAUGAAAAUGGCCAAGAGCUACUCAUUUUUGUAACAUUUAUUUUCAGAGCUUAUUUUAAACCCAAACAAAGUGAAUAUGCUUGUUUUACCAGAACAUGAACACAAUGCUGGUGUCCACAACUCACAUGUUGUAUUUCACAAUGCAUUUCUUUCUACUCUUCUUUCAUUAUUAACUGAACACCUGAAUGAAAAG